UCGUUGGCAACGGCGGAGGCUGGAGCGGGAAGGAUAUAACUAAGCUCUUGAUGUCAAAUCAAAACUAGUGUUUAUUUGGUACCCGGGAGAACUGGAAAUGCUCUCGCAGCUCAUAAUGAUGUGAAGCAAUAUGUUUUGUCGUUUUGACCUCCGGGAAACGGAGAAGGAGCUUUCUUCUGUGAUUCAGCUGUCUGUUUGCUAACAGCUAACAUAUCUAAAUGUACACUUAGGUUAGCUGCUCGAGUUUUAACAAGUUGGUCAACAGGUUGAUUUCCCAUUUGUGAUAUUCGGCUUCAAUGGCAUCCAAAGGUUGGCAGCAUCCUUAUGUCAACAUAUUUAAACAUGUCAGAGUUGAAGACUGGAAAAGGUCGGCAAAAGAGGGAGAUGUGUCAACAUACACGAACAAGACACUGAAGUGCUCAGUGUUCCAGAUCAGGGGUCCUGUUCCUGCCAACAGCUAUAUCCUGGUACCCAAAAACAGCAAUCAGUCUCUGGGGCUGACAGGGCGCUACUUCUACCUUCUCUUCAGACCUACCCCUGGCAAAUACUUUGUGGUUCACCUGGAUGUUUCUGCUGAGGAGGGCCAGGUGGUCCGUAUUUCCUUUUCCAACAUGUUCAAAGAGUUCAAGUCCACAGCUACCUGGCUUCAGUUUCCUUUCCUGUGCGGAGCUGCAAAGGAUUCAGUCUAUGAAAGCACAGCCAAAUCCGCAAGACAUGGUUUGGUGGGUCCAGCUCCCAUUUCAGUGCGUUGGACUUGUCUGAUGCUGGAUCUGCAGUACACCGUAUCGGUCUACCUCAACCGCUGCUACAGUCACGUGAAGAGCAUCAAGCUUUGUGCCAACAUGACAGUGAAAAACAUGUUUACUAGUGACCUUCUGCUAGAUCCAGGAGUUUCCUUCAGUGAAGCCAAGCUGAUGGGUCUGGCCUCUUCUCAGGGAACAGGUCCUAUGCCCAGAGACAUGUCAUUUCCUGUGCCCAAGGGAGGCUCCUGGCACGAGCUCUAUGAUUACAUCAGGUUUCCCUCAGAAGGAACAAAGUUACCAUUUGACUCCAUUCAAAAAGGCAGUCCCAGGCAUGAGGCUAGAUGUGUCUCCAAUCCAAGAAGCCCUAUUAGAGAGAAGGCUCGCUGUGUCAACCUCAGCAAACCAGUUCAGGACCGUGUGUCCCUCAUCCAGCAGAUUACCACUCCAAAAUCACUCCCGAGAAAUCAAACCCCCGUGGUGACCAAUAUACCCGAGCUGGGUUUAGUUUCCACUCAUCAGAAGGAUGACAGGCUUUGGAAUAAUGAUCACCAUCAUCAGCAGGAGUCAGCAUGCUCCAGUUCACAUGAGCUCACAUCCAGGCCACCCUGUGAAAGUGAUGAAGGGGGAUUUCACGUGUACGUGCAUGGAGAAGAAAGUGAAGAAGAGUUCAUUUGCACUCCUGUCCCACAUCCUGUCCAUCUAACAUCGUCCAAAGAAACCAGGCAGCAGAAACUGCUUCCAGACCCAAUUCUCAGGCUCAAUCGAAUCAUCGGCUUUGGAGGAGCCACUACUAAAUGUGCCCUGUGGACCAAAGCAGGUGAUGCAGUGGUGUAUCCGUGUCACGCAAUUAUCGUUUCUAUGAAGAUAUCCUCUAACCAGCAGAGAUUCUUCAUCGGUCACACUGAUAAGGUAUCUGCACUGGCUUUUAAUGGAAACACAACACUGCUGGCCUCAGCACAAACUGGCCACGGUGUAGUUCGAGUAUGGAACUACAACAAAGGAAACUGCCUGGCAAUGGUCAGGGUUCACGCUCAUUCAAUAUCUUCUCUCAGUUUCUCAUACGGAGGCGGUAUUCUCUGUGGAGUGGGUAAAGACAGCCACAGUAAAACAAUGGUGGUGGUGUGGAACACUCUGAACGUUAGUAAAGGUGGAGAGGUGACCAUCUUAGCCAAAGCACACACAGAUGUCGAUAUCCACACCAUAAAGGUUGCCUUCUUUGAUGAUACAAGGAUGGUGUCAUGUGGUCGUGACAACAUUCGCCUGUGGCGAGUGCGGAAUGGGUCCCUGCGCUCCUGUCCAGUCAACCUGGGUGAAUACCAUUCUAUGGACUUCACUGAUGUUGCCUUUGAGGAGGGAAACUCGUCCAAUUGGCACCUUGAUGAUCGAACACUAUUUGCCAGCAGUCGGAGUGGCUAUAUCUUUGAAAUUGACUACAGCAGAGUUGUUAUCAGAAAUGUCAGGAGGCUGUUGCCUGUACAGCAGCAGCAUGCAACCCGCAGAGACAAAUGGACUUUUUACACAGGUCCAGGUAUUGCUAUCAACAGCAUCAGUGUGUCCUCAUCAUUCUGCGCCACAGGCUCUGAAGAUGGCUUCCUGCGGCUCUGGCCACUUGAUUUUUCUGCCGUCUUCCUCGAGGCUGAGCACGAGGGACCUGUGAGCCUUGUGUCAGUCUCAUCAGACAGCCUUCAGGUCCUGGCAGGCACCUCUACUGGUAACCUGGGUUUCCUUGACGUGAGCAGCCGUGGUUACAACACACUGAUGAGGUCACAUACAGACACUGUGCUCGGUUUCAGUGUGGAUGGCAUUCGUCGACAUCUCACAACAGCCUCCUCCGAUGGCACAGUGCGCAUUUGGAAUAUGGAUUCCUUGCAUCAGUUGUAUGAUUUUGUGUCAGAGGACAGCCCCAGCUCAGUGGCCUUCCAUCCCAGCGAGCAGGUCUUCUCUUGUGGCUUCAGCUCCGGCAUCGUCAGAGUCUUUGACAUAUCCAGUGCCAAGCUGCUGGCUGAACACAAGCAGCACAGAGGUGAAGUGGUGGGUCUUGCCUUCUCUCCAGAUGGGGAGUUCAUGUACAGUGCCGACUCCCAGGGCUCUCUGGCACUUUACGACGCCUCUGAGGAAGACCACAGUGCGAUCAGAGUUGUGUGUAAUGUGGUGGCCCGAGGCACUGAGCGCGCUCCAGACGCCUUGACUGUGAGCAGUGACAGCCGCUGUCUGGCUUUUGUUGGUCCAUCGGAGUACAUUGUCACCAUCGCUGACGCCCGGUCAUUGGAUGAGUUGCUCCAUGUAGAUGUCAGUAUUUUGGACGUAGAGAGCCCCCGUCUUGAUUCUGCGCUAAAGGUCUGCUUCUCUCCGGCCUCCACUGAACACUUGUUGGUUGCCACAUCUGCUAACAAGAUCCUGUGGGUUAGCACCAAGACAGGUCGUCUGCUCCGAGAGGUGUCUAAGGUGCAGAAACACCAGUGCUCGUCCCUGGCUGUGAGUGAGGACAGUCGAUACCUGCUGACAGCAGGACACAAUGCUGUAAAAGUGUGGGAUUAUAACAUGCAGCUCAAUAUUAACUCGCAGAUGUUCAUAGGCCACAGUCAGGCCAUCCGCCAGGUGAGCUUCACCCCUGACCAGCUGGGUGUUGUCUCAGUUGGAGAUGCCAUAUUCCUCUGGGACUUCCUGGCACAUCCUGUUGACUCUUUGACUGAUAACCGUUCACCUCUCAGAGUAAGCCACAUCUCAACUCCUCGAUCAGUUCAACCAGGAGCUGAAGUGAGUCGAGUUCAGUUGUCCACUGGGAUGCCUCGACAGACAGCGCCUCUCCCCUCCUCACCACCACCACGACUGGAUGUCAGCACCCUUGACCAAGUUGACCAGGGGGUUUUGGGCUCCUUGUCUAUUUGUGAUGACACCACAACCGUCCCAGCUGUUCCAGUCCCAACCACUGGUUCACGUCCUUCCUCUGACCGCCGGCCUGCUGUUUCCUUCCUUAAGGUCACAGAGCUGGUCAACCCAUCUCCUCUGAAUACCAGUCAUAUGGAUGCUGUUGAGUUGAAAGGGAAGAAGCCAGUACGCCCUGAUUGUUACAGGCACUUUAUCCCUCGUUUCAAGAGCUCCACUCUUGAUCAGGCUGCCGUGGCUCCCCAACCAGGAGAAGAGGGCAUAAAGCUGAAAGCAGUGAUUGGCUAUAAUGGCAACGGGCGUGGCAAUAUGGUGUGGAGCCCUGACCAAGGUUUGUUUGCAUACUCAUGUGGCUGUGUGGUGGUGGUGGAGUACCUUCAUACAGGAAGUCAGAGACAUUUGCAGGGCCACAGCGAGGAGAUCUCCUGUCUGGCAGUCACAAAUGAUGCACAGACGGUGGCAUCAGCAGCUGGCGGCAGCAAUGGUAGCAAGAGCCUCAUCUGCAUUUGGGAUGUCCUGAGUGGAACUUGUCGUAAUACCAUCUCCUACCACAGGGGGGCGGUGCAAAGUCUUGCUUUCUCCAGGGAUGAUUGCUUCUUUCUCUCUGCUGGAGACUUUUCGGACCUAGAGGUGGCUCUGUGGAGCUGCAAGACCUUCCAGCUGCUGUCCAGUGUGAGUGUGUCAGGACCGAUCCAUGACGCAGCCUUCAGCCCCUCUGCAGCCAGCCAGCUUGCCUGUGUGGGCAGCGAAGGGGCUUACUUCUGCCUCAUCCAUACACAUGGCUUGGAUGUAGACCUCAAGGUCCAGAGGGUGAAAGCACCCGCAGAGGUGGGUGAUGUGGAGCUGACGGCUCUGUGCUAUCACGUGGACACCUUUCUCUUCACUGCCACCAAUCGAGGACAUGUUUGCGUCUGGGACGUUAACACACAGCAAUGCUUCAUGACCUGGGAAGCUGAUGAGGGGGAGAUUGGAAUGCUGCUGUGUCGAGGGAACCGUCUGUUGACAGGCAGCAACACCCGCUGGUUGAGAAUGUGGGAGGUAGAAGCUGUACAGGGCAUGAAGCCUCAGGCAAACGUCUGCAGUGGGGAAGACAGUGGGACCAUGGUGGUGUUGGAGCAGGAGAUAAUGCUGGAUGGGACAACGGUCAGUGCGGCAUUCGACAACACAAUGGACAUGGGUAUCGUUGGCACCACAGCGGGAACGCUCUGGUACAUCAACUGGUCAGACAACAGCAGUACCCGGCUGGUCAGCGGGCACAAGACCAAGGUGAAUGAUGUGGUGUUUAGCCCUGACGAGGGACAGUUUGCCACCUGCAGCGAGGACGGCAGUGUGAGGGUGUGGGCAGCACCCAGCAACGAACUGGUGGUGCAGUUCCAGGUGCUCAACCAGGCCUGUGGCUGUGUAUGCUGGAGCCCUUCUUCCAGUAAGGACAGUGUGUGUGUGGCUGCGGGAUACAGCGAUGGCACCCUGAGGAUCUUCCGACUUGCCUCCUCAGAGAUGGAGAUGAAGCUGCAUCCCCAUCGAGUGGUUGUCACUGCCAUCCAGUACUCUGCAAACGGUCAUGUGAUCCUUUCAGCCGGGAAGAAUGGUCUGGUGGCUGUCAGCAGCUCAGUGAAUGGAGCGACCAUCCGCGUCAUCAGGGACCACAAAGGAGCGCAGAUUACCACCAUCCAGUGUGUGAAUGAACAGUGCAAGAAUUUUGGACUGGAAGGAAAUGAGAUGUGGUUGGCUGCCAGUUCUGACAGACGCGUCAGUGUGUGGGCUGCUGAUUGGUGGAAGGACAAGUGUGAUCUGCUAGACUGGCUGACAUUUCCUGCCCCGGCCUAUUUUGGGGAUGAAAGCCCACCUCCCAGCCUGGCUGCUUUCUGCCCUGCAGACCCUAGUCUGGUGGUCUACACUGGCUACGGAGUGGAGAAAGAGCUGUCCUUCUACAGCCUUGUUAAAAAACAGAUAAUAAAAAAGAUUGCACUGCCCCACUGGGCCACAUGCAUCAGCCUCUCCGGUAAGAGUCAGCUCAUAGCUGUGGGAUCAAAAGAGCGAGUGUUGAAGUUGAUCAAGUCGACCAGCGGCAGGUUCCAGGACUUCUUGCAGCACAGUGACUCUCUGCAGACGUGCCACUUCUCUCCCUCUGGGACACUUCUUUUCACUGUGGCUUAUAAUGAGAUCCUGCUGUGGGAAGUGCAGGGCCUCUGAAGGCCUCUGAGAUCUGUUUUUAAACCUCAAACGGUGUAGGUUUAUCCCCUUUCACAUGUGCCUAGUGUAUAUCUUUACUUUGUCAUUUUAUUGUUCCGCAGAUUUUUUUUUUUAUUCAAAUAUUACUAGGUAAAUUGUUAUGAUUUGAGGAGAAGCUUUGUGUAAGAGUGAAGAUUAUGUUUUGUGUGUGAUUUUUAAAAUACAGCCGUUUUCUAACAUGUUGAAUGGAUUUGUUUUGUGUCCAGUCACUUCCAAUGUUUGAUUAUUUUUUUUUAGCUUUUCUUACUUUGAGUUUGAAUGUGUGUUUGAAUGUGUGUCCUGUCUGCUGUUUUUUCCAGUGGUAGAUAGGAUCUUGAAUUGAGGGCUACUCUGCAAUGGGAAGGAGUUUUAAUAAAAAGCAGCUUGUAAAAUUACAA